CUCUCUCUCUCUCUCUCUCUGUCUCUCUUUAUCAACACACCACCCACUCUCUCUCUCUCUCUCUCUCUCCACCUCGUCUCCUUCCCCGGAUUCGAGAUGCGGAGCCUCGUCGUUCACCCUAACCCAUUCCCCACCACCUCCUCCUCCUGCGGCCCGCGCCGCCGCUCCAAGGACCCUACUCCCAUGGCGCCUCUCCCCUCCCUCAGCCGAGCGAUUUCACCGUGGCAGCAAAGCAGGGGGAGUAAAUUGUCACUAUUUGGGAGUGCUCUGAGCUGUUGUUCAGGAUAGGUGGUGUUUCAGGAACUAUGAGGAAGGAUGGUCUUACAAUCACAUUUUUGCUUCAGUUGCAGAUGUGUCAGUUGAUCAAAUUGUAGAGGCUGCUCAACUCCCCAAAGGCAACAUGUGGUCAGUUCACAAGUUUGGUGGGACCUGCAUGGGCACCUCGGAAAGAAUUCAAAGUGUUGCGGAUAUAAUUCUUAAGGAUUCUUCUGAAAGGAAGCUGAUCAUUGUUUCUGCAAUGUCCAAAGUUACAGACAUGAUGUAUAAUCUCGUGUACAAGGCUCAGGCAAGGGAUGAUUCUUAUAUGUUGGCACUUGAUGAGGUCUUUGAGAAGCAUAUGGCGACUGCGAAAGAUCUACUUGAUGGAGAAGACCUUGCUAGAUUCUUGUCUCAGUUGCAUACCGACAUCAGCAACCUCAAAGCAAUGCUUCGUGCUAUAUACAUAGCUGGUCAUGCGACAGAAUCUUUUUCUGACUUCGUUGUUGGUCAUGGAGAGUUGUGGUCUGCUCAAAUGUUGUCAUAUGCCAUAAAGAAGUCUGGAAGGCCUUGCAGCUGGAUGGAUACAAGAGAAGUCCUAAUCGUAAAUCCGACUAGUUCCAAUCAGGUAGAUCCUGACUAUACAGAAUCUGAGAAGAGACUUGAGAAGUGGUUUGCGCGAGAACCUGCUGAUACAAUCAUUGCAACUGGGUUUAUUGCUAGUACACCCAACAAUGUCCCGACAACAUUGAAAAGAGAUGGAAGCGACUUCUCAGCAGCCAUUUUGGGUGCCCUUGUUCGGGCCGGACAAGUCACCAUAUGGACUGAUGUUGAUGGAGUAUUCAGUGCGGACCCCAGAAAAGUUAGCGAGGCUGUGAUACUAAGGACAUUAUCUUAUCAGGAGGCCUGGGAAAUGUCAUACUUUGGGGCAAACGUUUUGCAUCCGCGUACAAUAAUACCGGUGAUGAAAUAUAACAUCCCGAUUGUUAUCAGGAAUGUCUUCAAUCUAUCUGCUCCCGGAACAAUGAUUUGCCAGCAACCUAACAAUGAAAAUGGGGAGAAGAGGGGGUUAGAGUCUGUUGUCAAAGCAUUUGCUACCAUCGACAGCUUGGCUCUUGUUAAUGUUGAGGGAACGGGAAUGGCCGGUGUACCUGGUACAGCAAGUGCUAUUUUUAGUACUGUGAAAGAUGUCGGAGCUAAUGUUAUCAUGAUUUCUCAGGCUAGCAGUGAGCACUCCAUAUGCUUUGCUGUGCCAGAGAAAGAAGUCGGAGCAGUAUCUGAUGCUUUACAUGCUAGAUUCCGUCAAGCUUUGGAGGCUGGGAGGCUUUCCCAGGUGGAGGUCAUUCAUAAUUGUAGCAUUUUGGCAGCAGUUGGCCAAAGGAUGGCAAGUACUCCUGGAGUUAGUGCCACUCUAUUUGAUGCUCUAGCAAAGGCUAAUAUAAAUGUAAGGGCAAUCUCUCAAGGUUGCAGUGAGUACAAUAUCACCGUCGUUUUGAAGCAAGAAGAUUGCGUACGGGCUCUGAAGGCCGCUCACUCAAGGUUUUACCUCUCAAAGACCACACUAGCGAUGGGUAUUAUUGGACCCGGGUUGAUUGGCAGUGCACUGCUUAACCAGCUUAGGGAUCAGGCAGCGGCUCUCAAGGAAGAAUUUAACAUCGAUUUGCGUGUCAUGGGGAUAACUGGCUCGAGAACAAUGGUUUUGAAUGAUACAGGAAUUGACUUAACCAAAUGGAAAGAGGUUCUGAAAGAAGAAGGUGAACAAGCUGAUCUGGAUAGAUUCGCUCAACAUUUGCACGGCAAUCACUUUUUCCCAAAUAGAGUGAUUGUAGAUUGCACUGCGGAUACCAGCGUUGCAAACCGUUACUACGAUUGGUUGCGUAAGGGUAUACAUGUCGUGACACCAAAUAAGAAAGCUAACUCGGGGCCACUUGAUCUGUAUCUAAAAUUGAGGACUCUGCAACGUCAAUCAUACACCCACUACUUCUACGAAGCGACUGUUGGUGCGGGACUUCCGAUCAUCAGUACUCUACGUGGUCUUCUAGAAACCGGUGAUAAGAUAUUGCGUAUUGAGGGCAUUUUCAGUGGCACUUUGAGUUAUAUUUUCAACAACUUUGAAGGAACACGGUCUUUUAGUGAUGUUGUAGCUGAGGCAAAAGCGGCGGGGUACACUGAACCUGACCCGAGAGAUGAUCUAUCCGGAACAGAUGUUGCCAGAAAGGUUAUCAUCCUUGCAAGAGAGUCAGGGUUGAAGCUCGAGCUUUCCGAUAUCCCAGUCCGAAGUCUCGUACCAGAACCAUUAAAAGCAUGUUCGUCUGCCGAGGAAUUCAUGCAGAAGCUUCCGUCCUUCGACGAGGAGUUGGCGAGAGAAAGAAAGGAUGCUGAGGCUUCUGGAGAUGUAUUGAGAUACGUCGGAGUUGUGGAUGUGGUGAAUGAGAAAGGGCAAGUAGAAUUACGAAGAUACAAAAAGGACCACCCAUUUGCGCAGCUAUCGGGCUCCGACAACAUAAUAGCAUUCACGACCGCCCGAUACAAGGACCAGCCACUCAUCGUGCGCGGCCCAGGCGCCGGCGCAGAAGUCACAGCUGGUGGGGUCUUCAGCGACAUACUGCGCUUGGCUUCUUACCUCGGCGCCCCGUCGUAGACCAUCAAGUGAGUGCAUUCGUCGUGAAUUUUUUUUAGGAGAUUACUUGUGUUGCGCCUUAAAAGUCGUACUUUUAUUUGGCAUGUAAAUUAGUGACUUCCUAUUUCCAUGGAUUUACGGUUUUCGGAAUUUGGAGAAUGAGAUGUUGAUUUGGAUGUAGCAAGUUUUUAGAGUAGCAGCUACUAAGCAUGAUCAGUGCUUUUAUUGUGUACUUUUGACCUUCUUAUUUCCACUAUAUAUAUCUAGACUCAGACAAAAACCGAAUAAAUUGUUCUGCCAUUGAAAAUUUGAAUAA